AUGCCGCCAGCGCUCAGCGACACCGAGCAAUCGGACAAUGACUUCGAUAUCCCGGUCCCCACUACGCGCGACCGAUCCACGAAGUCCAGAUCACCGGAUAAGUCAGACGAGGAAAUGAAUGAUGAACCGGUCGAGAAUGGAUAUGCCGAGGACGUGGCAGACGAUAAGGAGGGAGAUGACGAGGAUAAUGACGAGGAAGACGGAGACGAGGAGGAUCAGCUCUUCUUCAAAGUGAAGUGGGAGGGCUACUCGAAGAAAGCCGACCAGACGUGGGAACCCGAAUCGAACCUGACCGAGGGUGCACCAGAGAUCAUCGCCGAAUACUACAAGUCGGUCGGCUCGCGGGCAAUGAUCCUUGAGGAAUCCCGCAAGGGAAAGGAGGCAAAGAAGCGCGGACGCCCUGCCUCUAGCACACCAGCAGCCUCGUCAAAACGCGCGCGCAAGAGCCGCGACCACCCGUCCGAUAGCACACCACCAGCAAGCGCCACAGCGAACACCUGGAAGCCGCCGAGCGGUAGCUGGGAGGACGACGUCACCACAAUUGAUGCAUGCGAGGACGAGGAGACGGGCAAGCUGAUUGUGUACCUGAAUUGGAAGAACGGUCAGAAGACAAAGCACACGACCGACGUCAUCUACAAGCGCUGUCCUCAAAAGAUGCUUCAAUUCUACGAGCGCCACAUUCGGAUCAUCAAGACAGCUACGGGCACGACAGAUACCGAGCUGAAAUAA